AUGGAGGCAUUUACUUUUGCAGUGUCCACUCAAGCGAACUUCCCAAUCCAUAUCAAAAUUGGAGCCCUAGAAGGAAAACAGAAACAGUACCCAUUUUCAGUCCUCCUAAAGCAUCCAGAACUGCGGCAUAUUGGCUCCUCUCAGAAUCCCCUUUCCGAUCUGUUGAUAACAGUACAGCUGUGGUCUGACUGCAAGCCACUGGGUGUGCCCGUACAGACAUCAUACAAAGCGUUCAAGACCUCGCGGACGUGGAAUGAGUGGUUACAGUUGCCUAUGUCCAUUAAAGAUGCCCCGUUGAAAUGUCAACUGGCCAUUACUAUCUGGGAUCUGUCCCCCUUCGCUGGCAAAGGGGCGCAUGGCCAUUACAUUCCGUUUGGUGGCACAACAAUUUCAUUAUUUGAUGCGGAAGGAAAGCUGAGGACGGGAAGGCAGAAAUGCAAAGUAUACCGUGGGAAAGCUGCAGAUGGCUUUUCUUCUACAACUACGCCUUCAACCUCACCCACGAAGCGACGCAAAGACGAUAUUCCUGACCCACUAGGCCCUUCCGCAGAAGAACUGGAAUUGGAAAGAGUGGAAGUACUCAUUAAAAAACAUGAGAUGGGAGAAAUUCCACGAAUUGAUUGGUUAGACCAGAUGGUUUUCCGUCAGUUGGAAAAACUCAAGCUAGCCGCUGAAGAUGCCGCAAGGAAGCGUGCAAUCCGGUUGAAACAAAAACCUGCGCAUAGCGAUGGUUCUGACGAAGAGCAGCCAGACAGGGAAAGCUUAGACAAUGAAAACUUCGUUCUCUAUGUCGAGUUCCCACGGUUCGACCACCCAAUCGUCUGGGCCGAUCAUGACUAUCCUCCCACCCCCGUCUCAUCACAUCCUCAAAAUGCACCUAGAAAUCCAAAUUCGGCACUGAAGCCUAUUCCGGAAGUUCGUUUUGGACCUGGAAUCGAAGGUGGUAACGGGGACAGUGUUAUUAGGAUCUACGAUCCUGAGGUCGGCCAGACAGGAAAUCCAUGUGAGGACAAGCACAGAAGAUUGAUCCGCAGUCAUCGUACUGGCAUAAUGGACCGUGAUCUGAAACCGAAUCCCAAAAACCGUGAUGAGCUCAAUAAUAUACUGUCUUACGAACCCACACAAGAUCUAAGUGCCGAAGAAAAGGAUCUCGUCUGGAGAUUCAGGUACUAUCUUACUCGUGAGAAGAGAGCGCUAACAAAGUUUGUCAAGUCUGUCAACUGGCAUGAUGUAGGUGAAGCUCGCCAAGCUGUGGAUAUCCUCCCUAAGUGGACGGAAAUCGACGUUGACGAUGCUUUGGAACUUUUGGGUCCUACUUUCGACAAUGCUGCGGUCCGGUCAUAUGCUGUUGACAGACUCCGAAAGGCAGACGACGAAGAGCUUCUUCUUUAUCUGCUACAACUAGUCCAAGCAUUGAAGUACGAAAACAGUCCUGCUGAGAACACCGAGGACGCAGGCUAUGAUUCGUCUUUGGCAAGUUUUUUGGUGUCCCGCGCUGCCAACAAUUUCAAACUUGGGAGUUAUCUACAUUGGUAUCUUAUUGUUGAAUGUGAUGAUACCCCUGGAACAUUAUCUGCCCAGCGGCGGCUUUUCGCUCGGGUGGAAUUUUAUUUCAUGGCCGAACUAGAGCGAAUUCACGCAGAACACAGGAAGACCUUGUUGCGCCAAGGUGAAUUGGUAACGGUGCUCACAAAAAUUGCGAAGGACAUCCGCUUCUCUCGAGAGAACCGGAUACACAAGAUUGAGAAGCUAAAGAGGUGUCUGAAAGACCCCAAGAAUGAGCUUAUCAAUAUUGAUCCUCCCUUGCCUCUCCCUUUGGACCCAGAGGUAUCAAUUACCGGUUGCUUCCCCGACGAGUCCAAUGUCUUUAAAUCUUCACUAUCCCCGCUACACAUUACUUUCAAAACAUCCGAGGGCCGGAAAUAUCCAAUUCUUUUCAAAGUCGGCGACGACCUCCGCCAAGACCAACUCGUGAUUCAGAUCAUCAUCUUGAUGGACCGGCUCCUCCAGAAGGAGAAUCUCGACCUCAAGCUCACCCCCUAUAGGAUUAUCGCCACCAGCUCCACGGCUGGUGCUGUACAAUUCAUCCCCUCCACAUCCCUAUCUGCUGCGUCUGCAAAAUACAAAUCCGUCCUUGCCUACCUCAAAGCCAACAACCCGGAUGAGAACGAACCAUUGGGCGUCCGUAAAGAGGCAAUGGACACCUACAUCAAAUCUUGCGCCGGCUAUUGCGUCAUCACGUACCUCCUUGGUGUCGGUGACCGCCAUCUGGAGAACCUCCUCCUCGCACCAGAUGGCCAUUUCUUCCACGCCGAUUUCGGAUUCAUUCUGGGUCGCGACCCGAAGCCCUUCGCGCCUAUGAUGAAACUCUGCAAGGAAAUGGUUGAGGGCAUGGGUGGCACGACAUCUUCCCACUACCUGCAGUUCAAGCAGUAUUGUUUCACCGCGUACACCACCCUACGCAAGAGUGCAAAUCUUAUUCUCAACCUGUUCAGCCUCAUGGUGGAUGCCAAUAUCCCUGACAUCCGGGUUGAGCCUGACAAGGCGGUUCUGAAAGUGAAAGAGCGCUUCCAUCUAGAGAUGAAUGAAGAAGAGGCUAUAAGGCAUUUUGAGCAGCUCAUCAGUGAUAGCGUGAAUGCUAUUUUUGGGGUUGUUAUCGACCGUCUUCAUGAGUUUGUGCAGGGAUGGAGGGCAUAG